GUCGCUUUCAUCGUCAUGAUUUCACUGGGAUGCACCAUGGAAGUGCCCAAGAUCAAGGGUCACAUAAUGAGACCAAAAGGGAUGGUGAUUGCAGUUCUGUCUCAGUUCGGGAUCAUGCCUCUCACAGCGUUUUGUUUGGCUAAGGCCUUCCAGAUGUCGGGGAUUUCAGCUGUAGUGGUGAUGCUGAUUGGCUGCUGUCCUGGAGGAAACCUGUCCAACGUCCUGACUCUGGCUCUGCAGGGGGACAUGAACCUCAGCAUCGUCAUGACUACCUGCUCCACAUUGCUGGCACUUGGCAUGAUGCCUCUGCUGCUCUACCUGUACUGCCAAGGUUUUAACCUGGAGAGCGCUGUGCCAUAUGUCGACAUUAUUAUCUCCCUUCUAAUGAUGCUUGUUCCCUGCGGCGUGGGCAUCCUCAUUAACUAUUACAGACCCCAGUACUCCAAGACCAUCACCAAGGUUGGUCUCAGUAUAAUGAUGAUUGCAAUUGUGGUGAUUGGGAUUCUUUCCAGCAUAACCAUCGGAAGCUCCAUCCUCACAGUGCUGUCUCCUCCGUUGAUGAUCAUCGGCGCUUUCAUGCCCUUUAUCGGCUUCACCUUCGGAUACAUCAUCUCCACACUCUUCAAACUCAACCAACCGGAGCGGAGGACCGUUGCUAUGGAAACAGGCUGUCAGAAUGUCCAGCUGUGCGCUACCAUCCUGAAGAUUACUUUUCCAGCAGAGCUGAUGGGGCCUUUAUUCUUGUUCCCGAUGGUCUACGUGUCCUUUCAACUGAUGGAAGCGUUUAUACUCAUUGUUCUGCUCAGGUGUCACCAGUGGUUCACGAAGAAGACCAAAGAGACUUACCAAGCAGCACCUACGACAACAGCCCAGUUAAAGGAGCCCUGUGAGGAAACCAUCUGA